ACCAUUGAAAUCACCAAGCAGAGCAAAGAGCUCCAUUUAGCAAACGAGAAAGAGAUCGGGAAGGAAGGGAGAGCAAGCAAUGGCCGUUUCCUCAUCUCUUCUCUGUCUCCUCUUCGCGGCGCUGACGGCGACGCUGGUGGGAGCCCAGGCCGUCACAAGGAAAUACCAAUUCGAUGUGCAAAUGACGAGCGUGACGAGGCUGUGCAGCACGAAGAGCAUCGUGACGGUGAACGGGCAGUACCCGGGGCCCACGCUGUUCGCGAGGGAGGGCGACCACGUGGAGGUCAACGUGGUCAACAACUCCCCCUACAACAUGACCAUCCACUGGCAUGGCGUGCGUCAGCUCCGUAGCGGGUGGUACGACGGGCCGGCCUACAUCACGCAGUGCCCGAUCCAGCCCGGGCAGAGCUACGUGUAUCGGUUCACCAUCACCGGGCAGCGGGGCACGCUGUGGUGGCACGCGCACGUGUCGUGGCUCCGCGCCACCGUGCAUGGGCCCAUCGUCAUCCUCCCGCCCCUCGGCGUCCCCUACCCGUUCUCCCCCGUGCCGUACAAGGAGGUGCCUCUCAUGUUCGGCGAGUGGUGGAAGAAUGACACGGAGGCAGUGAUCGCCCAAGCGCUCCAGACUGGCGGGGGACCUAACAUCUCCGACGCCUUCACAAUGAACGGCCUUCCUGGCCCGCUCUACAAUGUCUGCUCCUCAGCGAAAGGCGAAACUUUCAAGCUCAAGGUGGAGCCUGGGAAGACGUACAUGCUCCGGCUCAUCAACGCUGCGCUCAACGACGAGCUCUUCUUCGCCGUGGCCAACCACACGCUCACCGUUGUCGACGUUGACGCGCUCUACGUCAAGCCCUUCGCUGUCGAGAGCCUCGUCAUUGCGCCGGGCCAGACCAGCAACGUCCUCCUCACCGCUAAUAAUAACCCCAACGCCAGGUACUACAUGCUAGCCCGGCCUUACACCAAUACCCAGGGCACCUUCGACAACACCACCGUCGCCGGCAUCCUCGAGUACGAAGACACGAGCAACGGCAAGGCUCCUAGUACUAGCAGCCUCCCCAUCUUGAGGCCGACCUUGCCGGAGAUCAACGACACGAGCGUCGUCUCCAACUACACUGCAAAGCUACGCAGCCUGGCUAGCGCCGAGUACCCGGCAUCCGUGCCACAACAAGUGGACCGGGAAUUCUUCUUCACCGUCGGGCUCGGUACCCACCCAUGCCAGAGCCUGAUCAACGGCACGUGCCAGGGCCCGAACAACACCCGGUUCGCGGCGUCCAUCAACAACAUCUCCUUCGUGCUGCCCACGACAGCCCUGCUACAGUCGCACUACACGGGCAUGUCCAACGGCGUGUACGCGUCCAACUUCCCAUUCUACCCGCUGCGGCCGUGGAACUACACUGGCACUCCGCCGAACAACACGAACGUGAUGAACGGGACGAAGGCGUUGGUGCUACCGUUUGGUGUCGCCGUGGAGCUGGUGAUGCAGGACACGAGCAUCCUUGGUGCCGAGAGCCACCCGCUGCACCUGCAUGGGUUCAACUUUUUCGUCGUCGGCCAAGGGUUUGGAAACUACAACCCAUCCAGCGACCCGGCCAAGUUUAACCUCGUCGACCCCGUCGAGCGCAACACCGUUGGUGUCCCCGCCGGCGGGUGGGUCGCCAUCCGCUUCCGCGCUGACAACCCAGGUGUGUGGUUCAUGCAUUGCCACUUGGAGGUGCACAUGAGCUGGGGACUGAAGAUGGCGUGGGUGGUGCUGGACGGCGCCCGUCCGGACCAGAAGCUCCCGCCUCCGCCGGCGGAUCUCCCCAAAUGCUAGACAUGAAACUCAACACCGGCCGGCCAGCUGGUGGUUGUCAAGAUCAAGAUUAUCGCCUUACUGGUUCCUUGAUUACUUCGGCUUCAAAAUCUGCAUCCGUAACCUUUUGCUGCUUAAUUUGAUCGUUCGUUUGCCCAUGUGUCUUUUUUUCUUCUCCUUACUAAUUGAUUACUAAGGCGAUUGGCCGUGUUAAGCUAUCCAGCUUAGCUAGCUAGCUGUGUUUGGUGUGGCAGUUUAUUUCCUCGACGUUGUGAGGAAUUUUCUUAAAUUUGCGGGGCUGGCUUCUUGUAACUGAAAGCUCGUGUCUCUGUGUCACUGUGUGCCUUUUUUUUACUAUCUUGUACUAUGCGUCCGCAACGUAUUGCGUAACAAUUAAUAAAGCGUAGGUGGGAUUGCUUUCUGUCUGAAAAA